GACUGGCAGAGGCAGCCAGCAGAACCUGGUCCCCGAGUGCCGCGGAGCCUGGGCCGGGCUGGCCCCUCUGCUGCCCCGGACGCGGGCCAUGCCGCCGCGGGAGCUGAGCGAGGACGAGCCGCCCCCAUUGCGUGCCCCGAGCCCACCUCCGCGGCGGCGCAGCGCACCCCCGGAGCUAGGCAUCAAGUGCGUACUGGUGGGCGACGGCGCGGUGGGCAAGAGCAGCCUCAUCGUCAGCUACACCUGCAACGGGUAUCCUGCGCGCUACCGGCCCACGGCACUCGACACCUUCUCGGUGCAGGUCCUGGUGGAUGGAGCCCCGGUGCGCAUUGAGCUUUGGGACACCGCGGGACAGGAGGACUUUGACCGACUUCGGUCCCUCUGCUAUCCAGACACUGAUGUCUUCCUGGCGUGCUUCAGUGUGGUGCAACCCAGCUCCUUCCAGAACAUCACAGAGAAGUGGCUGCCUGAGAUCCGCACUCACAACCCCCAGGCACCAGUGCUGCUUGUGGGCACCCAAGCCGAUCUGAGAGAUGAUGUCAAUGUACUGAUUCAGCUGGAUCAGGGUGGUCGGGAGGGCCCAGUACCCCAGCCCCAAGCCCAGGGUCUGGCUGAGAAGAUCCGAGCCUGUUGCUACCUCGAAUGCUCUGCCUUGACGCAGAAGAACUUGAAAGAGGUGUUUGACUCUGCCAUUCUCAGUGCUAUCGAGCACAAAGCCCGGCUGGAGAAGAAACUGAAUGCCAAAGGGGUGCGCACCCUCUCCCGCUGUCGUUGGAAGAAGUUCUUCUGCUUUGUUUGAACAAUGAGGGAGGCAUAGCAAUCAAGUGGUAGCCAGGAGGCCAGAGACUCCUGGAACCUGGGGCAAGGGGCCUUUGAGGGGGUUACUGGCAGGGCCUGGCCACCCCAUGGGACUCAGUUCCCUACCGAACACUCGGAAUCCAUGUCCUGCCUCAGAAGUGGGCUUGUGACUGCCCACUCUAAUGAACCAGGAUGAGCCUGGAGCCAGGAAGACAGAAGGCUCUGAUUUAGAUUUCUUUGGCUCACAGAGAAAACCCAGCACUUUUGAUUUUCAUGGGAUGGGCUUAAUUAAGAGUGUCAGCCAUCUCUGAGCAGUUUGGGACUGAGUUUCCAAGUUUCUUCUGUCAGCCUGAUGAUGUAGGGCACCUGGUGAUGGUCUUCACCCCUGCCUAAUACGGGUGAACCUAGGAGAACGGCAGGUCAUCUUGGGGGGGAUAUAAGGUGAUCAGCCUUGAUUUAGAGAGAAGUUUGGCAUAGAGUUGGUUAGACAAGGCCAUUGAAAGAUUGAGAGAGGAGCAGACAUCAAGGCUGGGAGUUGUGGGAUAGGAGGCAGGACCUAGAAGGAAAAGGAAGACAAGGAGAACGGGACAGGGAGGCAGCUAUGGAGCAGGCUGACACCUGGGCUGCCCUCACUUCCCACAGCCAGGGAAGGCGGGGCUGGGCCCUGGGAAGAACUGGGUCCUAGGACUCCCUAGGCACUGCCCAAACUGGCUAGGCCAGCAGUGGGGCAGGAAGUGAGAGUCAACCCCAGCAAAAGGAGGGGGAGGAGCUGUAAAUUAGAGCCUGGAGGAGGAAGGAGAGGGGGUCAUCCCUUUCCCCAAGGUCAAGGUUGCACAAACCCUAGAAGGUAAAGCAGCACAGUCUGCAAAUAAAACCUUCCAUUUCUAAAACUGCUGUUUCUGUCAUUUCCUAGCAUGGUCAGUUAGCCUGCUGCUCCCCAUAACCUUCCUUGACCCCAACACCCCCGUUGGGUAGCAAAGGACUCAGGCUAGAUUGAAGGGUGGAGCUGGACCAGGUGGGAC